AUGGCCCUGCAGGCUUGGGCCAUCUGCUGCCUCCUGGGGAGCCUCCUGCUCCAAGGGUGCAGCCCCAGCCCUGGUCCCAGCCCCAGUGUGCCUCGUCUGCGGCUCUCCUACAGAGAUCUCCUGUCUGCCAACCGCUCUGCCAUCUUUCUUGGCCCACGGGGCUCCCUAGACCUCCAAGUCAUGUACCUGGAUGAGUAUCGGGAUCGCCUCUUUCUGGGAGGCCGUGAUGCCCUCUACUCUCUGAGGUUGGAUCAGGCAUGGCCAGACCCCCGAGAGGUUUUGUGGCUGCCACAGCCAGGACAGAAGGCAGAAUGUGUCCGAAAGGGAAGAGACCCCUUGACAGAGUGUGCCAACUUUGUGCGGGUCUUACAACCCCACAACCGAACCCACCUGCUGGCCUGCGGCACUGGAGCCUUCCAGCCCAUCUGCACCCUCAUCACAGUGGGGCAUCGAGGGGAGCAUGUACUCCACCAGGAGUCCAGCACUGUGGAAAAUGGAAGGGGACGUUGCCCACACGAGCCAAGCCGUCCCUUCGCCAGCACCUUUGUAGGUGCGGAGCUGUACACAGGCCUCACUGCUGAUUUCCUGGGACGUGAGGCCAUGAUUUUCCGGAGUGGGGGUCCCAGAGCAGCCCUGCGUUCUGACUCUGACCAGAGCCUCCUACAUGACCCCCGGUUUGUGAUGGCUGCUAGGAUCCCAGAUAACUCUGACCCGGAUGAUGACAAGGUGUACUUCUUCUUCUCUGAGACUGUCCCAUCACCAGAUGGUGGCCCAGGUCAUGUCACCAUCAGCCGUGUGGGCCGAGUCUGUGUGAAUGAUGCUGGUGGCCAGCGGGUGCUGGUGAACAAAUGGAGUACCUUCCUCAAGGCCAGGCUGGUAUGCUCUGUGCCUGGCCCUGGUGGGGCUGAGACUCACUUUGACCAGCUGGAGGAUGUGUUCCUGCUGUGGCCCAAGGCAGGGAAGAGCCUUGAGGUGUAUGCACUGUUCAGCACUGUCAGUGCUGUGUUCCAGGGCUUUGCCGUCUGUGUGUACCACAUGGUAGACAUCUGGGAGGUCUUCAAUGGGCCCUUUGCCCACCGAGAUGGCCCUCAGCAUCAGUGGGAACCUUAUGGGGGCAAGGUGCCCUUCCCCCGUCCUGGUGUGUGCCCUAGCAAGAUGACUGCACAGCCAGGGCGACCCUUUGGCAGCACCAAGGACUACCCGGAUGAGGUGCUACAGUUUGUCCGAGACCACCCACUCAUGUUCCAGCCUGUGAGGCCUAGGCGUGGCCGCCCUGUCCUGGUCAAAACUCACUUGGCUCAGCAGCUGCGCCAGAUUGUGGUGGACCGAGUUGAGGCUGAGGAUGGGACCUAUGAUGUCAUCUUCCUAGGGACUGAUUCAGGUUCUGUGCUCAAAGUCAUUGCCCUCCAUGUGAGUGGCAUGGCUGAGUCUGAAGAGGUAGUUCUGGAGGAGCUCCAGGUGUUUAAGGUGCCAACACCCAUCACCCAGAUGGAGAUCUCUGUCAAAAGGCAAACACUGUACGUGGGCUCUCCGCUGGGCGUGGCCCGGCUGCAACUGCACCAGUGUGAGACUUACGGCAGUGCCUGUGCAGAGUGCUGCCUGGCCCGGGACCCAUACUGUGCUUGGGAUGGUGCUUCCUGUACCCGCUACCGCCCCAGCUUGGGCAAGCGCCGGUUCCGUAGGCAGGACAUCCGACAUGGCAACCCUGCUCUGCAGUGUCUGGGCCAGGACCAAGGCCAGGAGGAAUCUUCAGGACUGGUGAUCAGAGUCUUUGGCACAGAGCACAACAGCACCUUCCUUGAGUGUCUGCCCAAGUCUCCCCAAGCUGCAGUGCGCUGGUUCUUACAGAGGCCAGGGGAUGAGGGCAUUGACCAGGUGAAGACAGAUGAGCGAGUUGUGCAAACAGAGCAGGGACUGCUGUUCCGGAGGCUCAGCCGCCUUGAUGCAGGAAACUAUACCUGCACCACACUGGAGCACGGCUUCUCCCAGACUGUAGUUCGGUUUUCCCUGGAGGUGAUUGCAGCCAUGCAGCUGGACAUGAUCCUUCGGGAGCCAAGGCUAGAGGAGCCCUCAGCCUGGAGAGGCCUGGCUUCUGCCUCACCCAAGACUUGGUAUAAGGACAUCCUUCAGCUCGCUGGUUUCGCCAACCUGCCCCGUGUGGAUGAGUACUGUGAGCGUGUAUGGUGUAGGGGGGUUGGGGAGCGCUUGGGCUCCUUCCGGGGCAGGGGAAAGCAGGCUAAGGGCAAGAGCUGGGCAGGGCUAGAGUUGGGCAAGAAGGUGAAGAGCCGGGUGCUGGCUGAGCACAAUCGAACACCCCGGGAGGUGGAAGCCACAUAGAAGAUGGCUGAAGAGGGGGUGGUCAGGCAGGACUGGGGGACUCAACAGCAUCUCCUUCCCACCCAGCAAGGGCAGAGGAGGCCAGGGCACCUAGUUACCUCUUAGAGAUGGAAAUCUCUACUGACUACAUGAAAGACUAGAGGUUGGUAGGAGGGGCCAUGCACCUCAGCGUACCCUGUCCCUCUCUGUGCUCUCAGCCCCAGGCUGGAGCUGGCACCCCCUGACCACUUGUAGUCCCAAGGGGCCUGCCUGCUAUUUGUUCUCAGAGAUGGUGUGGCUUCCGGAGCACAUUUCCGGUUGUGCCCAGAGGCAGGAGUGUUGGGUGGUUCUUUCUCAGCUUGCAGAACAAUGGCCAUUCUGAGUGGGUGUAUGGGUGACUCUGAGAAGACAUACUAGCCGUCCACCAGAGGUGGGGGAAGUGGCCCUGUGAGCUGGCAUCUGUGAACAAACACUUGUUCUAACAGAGGUAUGAAAGAAGGUGGCAGCGUGAGGAGGCAGGGGAGCCCUGUUCAUCUGCUUCCAUGCUUUGGUAUCUCGAUGUUUCCCUGCCUCAGCCCACCACCAUCUCAUACUUACAGAGGCAGAAAGAGCUGGAACCUGGAGGUGGCCUGGCUCCCCUUUCACACCAGGAAGAGUUGUUUCACAAUAUGACACCUCACCAUCAGGGUCACUUCCUGAGGAUCAGAAGGAGGGCCUGUGGGGUGGAGAGAGGAAGAAAGCAGCUGCUGGAUGGGAGCAGGAAGGGGCUGCCUUUCUAAGGGGGAGGUGGCACACUCAGGCUUGUGAGGUUAGAAGUGGGCUCUCUGAGAACUGCAGCCUGUGGUCAGGGUCAGCACCCUGGGCUUAGUCUAGGGCCACAAGGAACUAGAGAGGGGUAGGUCCAUGGGUCCAUGACAGGUGUCCUCUCAAGAAUCAAAGUGACACUAGAUAGGCCAGAUAUUUCCAGCCUGUAGUCUGUAUUUUCUGCUCUACACAGGGCGGUCAUGAUGGUUCAUUUGUAAGACUCCCAUGUUUUUGGUGGUACUUGGGAUCCAACCCAGUCUCAUGCUUGCUAAACAAGUGCUCUACCGCUGAGUUACAUCCCAGCACUCUCCCUCUUUCUUUCUAAUGGGAGGUUGUGGAAAAGAAAGCUGGUGUCAAGGGCACAUCUGGCUCAGACUGUAGGGAGGAGCUUUGCCAUCAGCAGUCUCUGCAGCUGGGGAGCAGAGUGGGGGAGGAGGACAAUUAAAUGAAAUGUUAUUCCCAGCCCGAGGGUGAACAAGUUAGUGACGCACAAGACAGACAAGAGGGCAAGUCUGAGAUUUCUUCUUUGAAAAGAAGGAAAAAGAAAAAAAAAAGAGUGGGGGAAAAGAUGAAAAAGCAAGAUAGAGGUUCUUAUUCUACUGAAGUUCAAACCUUGGGUUUAUGUCCUCUAGCCUGGCACCCCUAGGGUGCCGGGAUCUGAAUGUGCACCCCCUUCUCUGCUUUGCUCAUUUGGCAAACAGAAGCCCUGAAAUCCACCAGCCCAAACCCAGAUUCCUUCUGCUUUUGGGUGUGGCCCUUGGGAUAUCAGUGGAUGAAGGGAGAGAGGAACGGGUGGAAGCGGGAGGAAAGAAGGGAUGGGGAGACAGAGGAGAUGAAUGGGGCAGAGGAGACCCAGAGAAGACAGAAAGUGGCAGCCUAGCCCUCAGUGACCUUUGGACCAAGUCUAGGUUUGGGAUUCUCCAGGUAGGACCCUCUGGGGAAGUGGCUUUGGAAAACACAGGGAUAAGGAACUCAAUAUCCUCAACAAUGUACCCCUAGAUGUGGGAACAGGACAGCUCCUGCCGACAGCCACCCUCUCAUGGUACUGUGGUCCGAGCACCCGAGAACACCCAUGUGUGUGAUUUGUGUUUGUGUUAGUAUUUUGAAGUGGUCCUUUUGGCCUCUCAGUCUUCCAAGGAUACUUAUUGAAAUUGCUAUUGAUAUUUUUAUUGUUUGUGGUUGCCUUGAGCUCUGAUGAGGAAAAGCAGAGCCCAUUAAUGAUGAAAACA